AUGACUAUUUCAAAUUCUUUAAAAUUAUUAAAUAUCGGAAAUGCUAUUAAAACAAAUGAAAUAGAUUAUAAUAAUAAAAAAUUUUUAAAUAAUAAUAUAAAUCAAAAUAUUAAUGAAACUUCAAAAUGGGUACCAAACAUUUUGUGGCGUGGUCAAGGUGGAAAAAAUAUUAUUGCCUUUUAA